UUUUCUCUUCUUUUACCCUUUUCUUGAUCAAGAUUAUAUACCAAAAAAAAUAUAUACAUUAAAUUAAAAAAAAAUGGAUAUUUCCUUGAGUUACACGAAUCUGAAGACAGUAACAAUAAGAGCACCCAUGAUCAUGAUGCCAAAGAAAGUGGCUAGUGUACUAAAUUUGAAGGUGAAGAAAAAUAAUACCAUUUCAUGCAGAUCUAAUCAGUAUUUUGAGACAAUGCAAGAGAAUAAUAAAAAGGUCAACUUUUAUGAGUUGCUUUCUCUAGAGACUAAGAAUGUGGAGUUGGGAGACAUUAAAAAGGCUUACAGGAGUAUGGCACUUCAGUACCACCCUGAUGUUUGCCCUGACCCCUCGGCCACCACACGAUUUGUUGAGCUUCAGAAAGCCUACGAGACACUUUCUGACCCUGUUUUGCGUCGAAUGUAUGAUCACGAGUUGAGUUUGGCUCUGUCUCAUGAUCAUAAUGACUUAGGGUUUGGGUUUGGAGUAGAAGGAAUGAGAAGAUCGUCACCCUCGUCUAUGUUUACUAAGCAAGUUUGGGAAAACCAAUUGCGUGGAUUGAAGAGAAAGUCUCAAAUUCGGAUGAAGAAGAGAAAGUGUUAAUUAUUUUGACUAAUUUAUUAUUAUUAUUAAUUUGAUAAUUGAUAAUUGAUAAUUAAAUACAUAUGCUUAUAAAUUUAUAGUAUAUGAUAUUUAAUUAUGCCACAAUAUUCUUUGUAUUCAUCGAAGUUCAUAAAUAUUAUUAUGAUACUUUUCUUAAUUCUAAUGAUAAUUGAUCACUCU